ACUCCUCCCUCCCUCCCCUCGGUGCCCCAGAGCCGUAGCUUUCUCCUUCCCUGCAGCAUGGUGUGUUUGUGAUCUGCUGCCUUUGCUCGGUUCCCCUGAUGAGGCAGGACACACACCCGGCUGAGCCCGUCCGUGUCAUGACCCAGUGCGCGGUGUCGCUUCCUCCAAGCAGUCGCUACUGACGUCAGUGGACUCCUUUUGCAGAGCCCGAGUUUGCUUCCAUGAAAUAUGCGAUGGUCGCAGGAGUGCACGGUUCCUCUUCAGCUUCUGCUGCACUUUGUUUUCUCCCUGGCGGGCGGCCAUGAAGAGCAGGACUUCCCUUUCUUUGCAGGACAAGGUCGUGUUCCUCCGCCAGGAGCCGUCACCCACCCAUUGAGAACCAACGCUGAUGGAGACUUCCUCUCUUACUCUCUAUCUCACCAUUUCAAGGAUGGGCGAGUCAGGCGAGACUUGCAACCCCUCGCUUCUGAGGGCCACCUUUAUUACAAGCUCAACUACACGGGUCGCACUUUGAUGUUCAAUUUGACCGCAAACAAUGGACUGGUUUCGGACGAUUAUAUCCUGGAGAGGCGUAACGGCAGCGGCAACAGGACUGAGAGUGGUCGUCAGACCUAUGCUGGGACUUCCUGCCACCUGCUUGGCACUGUGGAGAACUCGGGGGUGAGAGGAACUGCUGCCAUCAGCACGUGCAAUGGACUGCGAGGCUUCUUCUCCCUGCCUGAGGGACACUUUUUUAUCCAGCCACUCCCCAAAUCUCCAAGUGAUCCCACAGGGUCUCCAGAGCCCCACAUCAUCUUCCCAAGAGUUACCACGGCAAUGCAAAGGAAGAAACGCAGCCCAGAGGGCAGACAGGCACCCAGCCCAUGCGGAGUUCAAGAAGCUGGCUCUGUGCAAGUGGAGAGAGAGCGGGAGGAGUGGGAGAGGGAACACGGUCCUCCGCAGUCCCGCACUCGGCGCUCGGUCAGCAGGGAGCGCUGGGUGGAGACCAUGGUGGUGGUGGAUUCCAAACUGAUAGAAUAUCAUGGCAGUGACAAUGUGGAGUCCUACAUCUUCACUAUUAUGAACAUGGUGGCAGGCAUCUUCCAUGACGCCAGCAUCGGGAACGCCAUCCAUGUCAUCUUGGUUCGAUUGAUUCUACUACAGGGAGAAGAGAAAGGACUCAAGAUUGUCCACCACGCAGACACCACUUUGUCCAGCUUCUGUGCCUGGCAGAAGAACUUAAAUCCUCAGAGUGACACGCAUCCUGCCCAUCAUGACGUGGCUGUGUUGGUCACCAGGAAGGACAUAUGUGCUGGAAUGAACCAACCCUGCGAGACCUUGGGCCUAUCUCAUCUUUCAGGGAUGUGCCAACCGCACCGCAGCUGCAACAUCAACGAGGAUUCAGGCUUACCAGUCGCCUUCACCAUCGCCCAUGAGAUGGGUCACAGCUUUGGAAUUCAUCAUGAUGGCCAGGGGAAUGACUGUGAGCUGGGAGGGAGGCAUCCCUUCAUCAUGUCCAGACAGCUGAUGUAUGACAGCUCGCCUCUCACUUGGUCAACCUGCUCCAAGGACUACAUCACACGCUUCCUCGAUCGUGGAUGGGGUUUCUGUCUGGAUGAUCGUCCUUCUAAAAGGGACUUGACCACCCCGCUUGCACGUCUCGGUGUCCGCUACACCACGCACCACCAGUGUCAGCUCCAAUAUGGACAGAACGCCACCUUCUGCCCCGAGGUGGAUAACAUUUGCCAGAUUCUUUGGUGCUCUGUGAAUGGCACAUGUCGCUCCAAACUGGAUGCACCAAUUGAUGGCACUCGCUGUGGACCUGAGAAGUGGUGUAUCUCUGGAGAGUGUGUCAUUGUGGGCAAACUGCCUGAGACUGUGAAUGGAGGCUGGGGACAAUGGACCACUUGGUCUUAUUGCUCAAGGACUUGUGGCACCGGAGUGCAGUCGGCUGAGAGAGAAUGUAACAACCCCAAGCCGGAGUUCGGGGGGAAGUACUGCACGGGCGAGAGGAAGCGUUAUCGGACCUGUAACACAAAACCCUGCCAGAAGAAUAAUCCGACCUUUAGGGAGAUGCUGUGUAGUGAGUUUGACACUGUGCCCUACCACAACGAGCUCUACAAGUGGAUUCCUGUGGCUAACCCCUUAACCCCCUGUGAGCUCCACUGCCGGCCUGUUGGUGAGUAUUUUUCGGAGAAGAUGCUCGACACCGUGACCGACGGAACGCCAUGCUUCAUGAACAACAACUCUAGAAACAUCUGCGUCAACGGAGUGUGCAAGGAGGUGGGCUGUGACUAUGGCAUUGACUCUAAUGCAGUGGAGGAUCGCUGUGGAGUGUGUUUGGGCGAUGGUAAAAGCUGUGAGACGGUCUAUAGGUCAUUUGAUGAGGGAGAAGGCUUUGGGUACGUGGACGUGGGGGUGAUACCUGAGGGGGCCCGGGACAUCCUGGUAAAGGAAACCGAGGAGGCAGGUAACUUCCUGGCUCUGAGGAGAGAGGACUCAGAGGAGUACUUUCUCAAUGGUAACUACAUCAUCCAGUGGAAUGGGGAGUACCAAGCUGGUGGGACUACCUUCUACUAUGAACGUAGUGGGAACAUGGAGAACCUCACUGCACCCGGACCCACCAGAGAGCCAGUCGUGCUCCAGUUGUUGUUUCAGGAGAAGAACCCAGGCCUCAAGUAUGAGUACACCGUUAAAAAGACCAAAGAGACAGAAAAUGAGGUUGUCAAACCCAUCUACAGGUGGAAACAUGGCGCAUGGACAGAUUGCAGUACCACUUGUGGAUUAGGUGAGCAGCACCAGCCUGCACGUUGCUUUGAGAUGAAUUUGGGUGUUGUAGACGAAUCUCUGUGUGACCCAGAGAACCGUCCAGAAGAUAGACACCGGAAGUGCAAGACUACGGAUUGUCCUGCCAGAUGGUGGGUAGGUGGCUGGCAGCAGUGCACGGCCACCUGUGGGUCGGACGGCUUGCGGAAGCGUACGGUUCUGUGCGUCCGUACAGUCUCGGGUGAGGAAAGGGUGCUCCAUCCUGUGGCGUGCAGGCACCUCCUUAAACCCAAACCUGUUGUUCCGUGCAACAGAGAUGUACCUUGUGGAAAGGAUUGGGAUGUUGGACUCUGGGAAGAAUGUCCAGUGACAUGCGGAGGAGGUGUUCGAUCCCGUAUUGUGACAUGUGCGCUUCUACCCAAAAAGCAAUGCAACCUUGCAACCAAACCACGUACUCGAUCACUGUGCGCACUGCAGAGUUGCCCAAACUCAAGUCUUCGCCGACAUCCUGGUGCUCCUCCUAAAUAUCGCCGCAUUUACCCGCCUAAGAACCACCCCACCAAGCCUACCCCCACAAGUAUUGUCAUUCCCACCACCUCUAAAAUCCCAUCAACUCAUCAUUAUGACUUUAACGUUGUCGAGAAAAAUCUGAGGAAAGCAACAAGUAUGGAAAAGACAGAAACUGAGGAGAGAGAGGACGUUGAGGAGGGAAGCACACCAAACGUGGUGAUGAACACUCCUGGUUAUGACUAUAUCACAGAUGAUAGGACACGAGAGGAGGAGGGAAUUAUCGACCUGGAUGUUGGUACGCAUUGGUUCAAAAGCCCUCCUAAAUCAACCACACCAGUAUCGCAUAUAAUCAUCACACCCACUUUACAAACAAGUGGUCCUCGCAUGCACUCAACCACACAAGCCACCACAUCCUCCCUCUUCACCCCACACGCUACUGCCGAGAUCACUCAUCACAGCACCCCACGCGUCCCUCCAUACAGCCCCCACAUGCACAAGGUUCCACUAACUACUCCCAUGCUGAAGUUGCGUUCGGUUCCACCCAUAACUGGUCUCCACACAACACAAGCUCCCUCCACCAGUACCGCAUCGUUGCCCCAGACCACAAUAAAGUUUAUAAAAGUGAAGAAGCCCACGGUGACUACCAAGAAAAGCAACUCUGCCAAAAAAAAUCCAAACCGGUCCAAAGGCAACCACUCUAAGGGGCAAAAUCAGCCAGCACCAAAUCCCAGGGAUGGCUCCACCAGGGACCAAGGAGAGCCAGUCAGUAUGGAUGUGUUCUGGGUCGUAGGAAACUGGAGUGAGUGUUCAACAACAUGUGGGAUCGGUGCAAUAUGGAGGAAUGUCGCUUGUAGUUCAGAGAAGGAUGAGGACUGCGCAAUCACAAAGAAACCUGAACCUGCCCGUACCUGCCAUCUGCAGCCUUGUGCCACCUGGCAAAGUGGUAGCUGGAGCAAGUGCCCCGAUAAUUGCGCGGUUGUGGGAAAGCGGUACCGGGAUGUCCAGUGUGUCGAUUCCCAGAGUCAACGUCCUCUUCGACCCUUCCACUGUCAAGCAGUGUCAAGUAAACCCGUCAGUGCUUUGACUUGCCCCCUUAAGGCCUGUGUGGACUGGAGCAUGUCACCCUGGGGACCAUGCUCAGGGAGUUGUGGUGAGGGUAUCAGGGAGCGGCUGGUGUACUGUCCAGUGCCUCAUGGUUGUGGCGCCACACUGAGGCCAAAUAGCACAGAGACAUGCAGCCUGAAGCCCUGCACCCACUGGAUGACAGAAGAGUGGGAGCAGUGCUCUGUGAGCUGCGGAGGAGGUCAGCAACAGCGUGACGUCAUCUGCGUGAGUGCUGAGGAUUCUGCUGUGAUGCCAGACAGCCUAUGCGAAAAGAUGUCCAAACCAGAAAUACUCAGGAAGUGCAAUUCACAGGAAUGCCGCACGGCCACAGAUCCACUUUGCCGGAAAAACACAAUGUCCUCUCGCUUCUGCGACAAGCUGAAGCUGCUGGGCCGCUGUUCUCUCAGAUCGGUACAAAGACAGUGUUGCGUCACCUGCGGCUCAUAGACGGGUACAACCUCUAACUGCAUUUCCUGGCUACGGUUUUACUGUAUAAUAAGGAACAGGAAACAUUUGACUUACAAUGGAACCUCUGAAGUUGAGGACACUGGUCGACUUCCCAUUUGUUUAGAUCAUAAAACCUUAACUGUACAGGUAAUGUUUUCAAGUUAAAAAUAAGGAAAAUCAUUCAAUGGUCCUCAUCACAUUUACAUUUUUUUCCUGUGGUAGCAUUUGUUGUAAAUAUUACACAAAAGCUAUUCACCUAAUUGUUGAGCCACAUUCAGAAAGCAAAGAACUAGAGACCGGCCGGGUCUGGGGGGAGUGUCUCUUUGGUCUCUCCUACAUGGUUCUGCUUUUUUCCUACGGUAUUUGUUACAACAUCAUAUGCAAAUUAGACAAUGACAUCAUCCAGCAACUUCUGGCAUGUCCAGGACAGCCAAUAGCGACUUUUCUUACUGAGGAGUUGGCAAUCGGGCCUGGAAGUAAGAAACGAAAAGGUGGAUUAGACAAACUGUACCUUUUAGAUUUAUCCCAACCAAAUACAACAUCACUACUAUUACACAAAAUAUACAAUUAAACAAAAAAUACCAGAACAAUAACAAUACGGGAACUGAACUGUAUAGUAGUUAGUAGUUAGUAUCAGUAUCAUAUAGUAUCAUAUAGACAAACAACCAUCACACUCACAUUCAUACCUAUGGACAAUUUGGAGUCGCCAAUUAACCUAGCAUGUUUUUGGAAUGUGAGAGGAAACCGGAGUACCCGGAGAAAACCCACGCAUGCACGAGGAGAACAUGCAAACUCCACACAGAGAUGGCCGAGGGUGGAAUUGAACUCGGGUCUCCUAGCUGUGAGGCCUGCACGCUAACCACUCGGUCACCGUGCAGCCCCCAAUAUAAUUAUCAGUCUGAUAAUUAUCAUGCAGUCCUACUUAUUAGUAAGCAAACAGUACGAAAAGACACAUUGUCGUAAACAAAAACGUGAUCGUCCUGCUCAGAACCGUACAGUAGAUGGUCGAGGUACCAAAGUAGUCCAAGAUUGUCAAGUGUCGGCUGUGCUGCUUCUGCAAAAAAGAUGCUAAUUUUUCCAUGUUGAAACACUUUUCUUGUAUGUGCAAACAUAACAUAUGUGGGCCAGGUUGGCUGAUGUACCGGAGUCGGGCCCCAGGUCAGCAGUUUCAAUGAGCUGGCUUCGGUUGCUCACUGAGCUGCAGUCUUGUGUGACAAACUGGAUUCCGAUUCGGAAUAUUUGACUUUGGAAUCUGUUUUUUCUGAAAAAUGUAAUCCAAAUGAAUUCACAGCCGACCCAUUUGACUUUAGAGGUUCCACUGUAUUUGACUCGGAACAAGGAAUGAUACUAGCACUAACAUUUUGGUCGAUUCAUCAACAGGGUGCUAUACUAUACACUGCAAUGGCCAUAGCAAUUACUUAAGCACUAUUUUUACUUACACAUAAACUGGAUGGUGUACAGUACACAUAUUUUAUUCAUUUAAAUGUCAACUGUGCCAACUGUGCCUGAAAGGUGCUUUGUUUGUUUUACCAAUACUGGUGCAAAAUGUGUAUUUUAAACUGGCAGAAGCAGAAUGUAAAUAUUCAUACAGUAUAGUAUUUCUGUUUGUAUACUGUUGAUAGCAUUUAGUUAGGUCGUUUCUGUCAUCAUUGUGCUUUUAAACGUUGCGCUGCCACUGUGUGUUUACAUUAGUCUGGGUGAUAGUUUCAACUGCUUACGAUAUAUUAAGUGAACUGCAGAACUUUGUAGUUGGUGCUUCUCAGCAGGAAGUGAGCGAAGACAAAAAAAAAAGGGGCGUUGCAGGUCAUCCCUCUCAGGUCCUUCAAAAACA